CUCGUCGCAUUCUCCCUGCCUCCUGCAAAUUUGAACCUUUUGGGGUGGCAGUUCCUCAUGCUCUCUGAAUGUUUCAUCGCAUCGACGCUGGCGUCCAGCAAAGCGCCAGCGUCUGCGACCCUCCGCGAUGUGGGAGUUUGCGUCCAUGAAUUCCAGCCCACGCUGAACCUGCGCUCCACCUUCAAGAAGAGCUCAACGGCGGCCAAUUGCCUGGCCGUGAGUCCGUCGCACGUUUUCGCUGCGCAGUCCGAGAAAGCUAUUGUGCAUGUGUAUAGCAGGGAGAAGGGCAACCAGGAAGCCAUCGUUCCCUUCCCAGAGCGCAUUCGCAGCAUUGCUGUCGCCGGGGGCAAGAAUGGCGAUGUCCUGGUCUUGGGAACCGAAGGGGGCCGUUUGAUUCUGUGGGAGACAUGCACCGGGCGACAAGUGGCUACGACAGCGUCGCAUCUGCGGCCAGUGACCUCACUCGUGGUCGAUCCCAAUUCCAACUUCAUCCUGUCGGGUUCGUCCGAUGCCAGCAUUCAUGUUUGGUCGUUAGUGGAUCUCUUAUCCUUCACGAAACCUCCAUCCGGCCGUGAUCGUCAGCCUCCGAACUCUCCCAUCCGUACCUUCUCCAACCACCGCGCCAACAUCACCGCCAUCGCUGUGGGUCACAGCGCGGGUCGAUACAACAUUGCUGUGUCUGCUGCAGAUGAUAGCACAGCCAUUGCCUGGGAUUAUCACACCGGCCGUCUCCUGCGCACCUUCCUCUUGCCGUCCAAUGCGAAGUCGCUGGCACUUGACCCGGCCGACCGGGCUUUCUAUGUCGGAUACGAAGAUGGCAGUAUUCAGUCGAUCGACUUCUACAAGAACCAGUCCAUCCAGAACCCUCUCCACGACCCCUCCCUUCAAUCUACUCCCUCGCAACCUCCCGCAGAAGAUCGUUGGGCACCGCCAUCGGCUAAUUGCGGCGCGGCUCAUGCGCUGACCCUCUGCUACGAUGGAAUGACAUUGCUCUCUGGCCACCAGAAUGGCAAGGUUCUCUCAUGGACAGUUGGAAGGAAGAAGUACGCCUCGACUGUGGCUGACUACACACAUCCUGUCACGAACCUGUUUAUGCUUCCUCCCAACGGUCUCCCUCAUCCUUCCCUCGACCUCAAACGGGUAGCACACACCAUCGUCAAGCCCCGCUACGACUCUUCCCUGUCGGAAACCUCUCAAGCAGCAGGCGCCGUUCCAGCCGACUACACCUUCAGCACGCACCUCCUUCCCUCCGUCUCAUCCAAGCCCGACUCUGCUAAGCCCGACCAAUUCACCGAAGCCUUCUCCCACGCGUGCUUCCCUGAAUCCAUGCUCGAAGAAGGCCUCGCCGAACUAGCUGCCUUCAGCCAGCCCACUAGCAACGGAGUUCCAGUCUCCUCGAUAGCACAGGGCAUUAGCGACGAAGACCUAGCGGCGAAGGAUUCCCAAAUAUCCCAACUGGAGGCGGAACUCGCCACGUUGAAGAAAAAGUCCUCUGUGAACGAGACCGCCCGCCAAUCCACAACAGACGAAGUAACUAAGCUUCGCUCUGACCUCGCCAACCUGCACGAUUAUAUCAACGAGCUUCACGAGAACCAAGAACAGGCGCAGCGGGAGAAGAUCCUCCGACAGGCGCGGAAAGAAGAGCGGGAGACCCGCCGUCGGGAGGCCUGGUUCGCAGCCGAAAAGAAGGGCAAGAAGGGAGAUGCAGUUCUCCGAAACAUGGACGCCGAGGAUACCGUUAUGACGAGCGAUACGGAUGAUCAGAGCAGUGAUGAGUAGACUCUUUUUCUCUAUCCAUUACUUUACAGAUAGAAUGUGAGGACCUGUGAAAUCGACGCCGAAAAUGAC